ACGAAAUAACAACAAUUCGAUUGAUCACCAUUGAUAACCAACCAAUCAACUAAAAAUCUUCUCAACUCUGUUGCGUUUUUUUGCAAAAGAGUUUUGGGUUUUCAUCAUCCAAUCUAACCAGAUUGCUGAGGCAUUGUUAUUCUCUAAGAUGGAGGCAGCAUCAAAGGCAGAGAUGAUGCAGCCAGCAAUCCUCAAAGUUGGUAUUCCUGUAGCUGUUAUAUCUGUGGCUGGUUUUAUCUAUGCAAGGAUCAUGGCAAGAAAAAGUGUUCUUAAAGACUAUUCAUUGAAAACCCAGGUAAAUUCUUUCAAAUCCAAUACUUCUGAUGCCUUUGAAGAUGAAGAUGAUAGCUUUCAUAGCCUUCCUUCUACAUGUAUAUUUUCUAUGGAAGAUGGAGAAACAACUGAGGACAAGGCCAAUGUUGAAGAGAUUUUAGGCCUAAGAAGCCAUAUAGAAGAUCUUGGGAAGAGGGAAUGGGAGCUAGAGAAGCAGAUCAUUCAUUACUGUGAUUUGAAAGAGAAAGAGUCCAUGCUUAUGGAGCUUAAGAACAGGUUGUUGUUGGAGAAGGCCCGAGUUGAGUUCUUGGACAGGGAAAUUUCAUGGGUGGAGACAGGCAGUGAAAUACUCGGCAAUUUGGUAGUACAAUUUAUGGGAGUUUUAGAGCAGUUAGAACAGGGGAAAUCAGAAAGCAGGAGGCUUCAAAGGAGGGUAAAGAGACUUUUGAGAAGAAUAAAGGAGCAAUCACGUGUUAUGAGAAAGCAAAAUAUGAAGAUUGAAGCUAGAGAAGCAGAAAUUUUGAGAAAUUAUGAUGAGCUAGAAACAAGGAAUGAUGUCAUCAAGAAAUUGGAGGAUGAAGUUAGAGAAAUGCACAAGAUUAUGGACCAAAUGCAGGAGGAAAAGAUUGAACUUUUGAAGAAGCUUGAGAUGGCAGAAAAAUCAGCUCCAUCUAUCUCAAAGAUUGAAGGAGAAAGUAUAACAAAGGAAGCUUACAAUCAGCUUUUGAAUGAGCUGGAACAGCUCCAGAAGGAUCGAGCAGCUGAGGUUCAAGAAAUGAUUUUCCUACGAUGGAGAAAUGCAUGCUUAAGGCAUGAGUUGAUGAAGGAUCAUGACAAGACAAAUCACUCUGAUUCAUGUUCUGAAGGUUGCCAAGAAACUGGAAAUUCCAGGUUAGAGCAAGAAUUAGAUGGUUCCCUUUCAGAGCAAAAUGAGCCUUGCUUUGUUGUUGAAAGCAGUGAACAUGCUUGUGUGAGAAGGGGGAAGUUACUUCAAAGGCUUAGAAGAUGGGUGGAAGGCAGUGAUCAGAAGGCAAGAGGGAAACCAGAUGAGAAAAUAAGGAAUGAAGGCAAGUGCUUUGGAAGGCAAAGUGCUUCGUAUAAGGCAGAGGGACAUCUUCCUGCUAGAAGGUCCUGCUCUAGCGCAGAACAUGGAUUAUAAUAUCUUUCUUUCAUGUUCAAACUUUCUGUAUAUUGAAAUAUUUUAUUGGGGGAAAGAUAACACUUUU